AAAAAAAAAAAAAAAAAAAAAAAAAAAAGCCGUCCAUUUUCGGGUGACCCAGCCGAGUGACAUAACUAUCUGGUCAUGAGCGUCCGAUCCUCGUCUUUGUCUCCUAAUCGGUCACGUCGACAUGCUUCAGCAAGCACUACAACGCUCUCCUCUCUCUUGCCGGCACCGUGGACAUGCCCGGUGAGUGACAGCUUGCUGGCUAAAAACAAUCGUCCACCCACAGGCGGAGCAGUCUCGAUAUCAUACGGGUACGUCCUCGAUACCGUUAAAGUUGACCUUAUUAACGCUAUAAGGCUACUUUUGAGCUUCUGGGCCACCGUACGAUAUCAAAGAAACUCAGCAACAGGUCCUGAAUGAUGGCAGAGACAGGCU